CUCAGCGGGGCAGAGCCAGGAGAGUCCCAAAGUGAGCCCGGCUGCGUGCUCUGGCGCUUCUCAUAGCGGCGGCAGGGGUCUCUCUGCGGCAUCGGACUCUUCCCGGGAAGCCUGCCCUACAGUUGUGUCUCUCGCGGGCGGAGGCGUGCUUUGGGGGGCAGCUUCCACAUCUGAACUGAGACCGGGACCCCGGAGGGAAGAGGAGGGAAGAGGAGGGACGAGGGGAGCCCCCUUUGCGCCGGGGAGCAUGGCGGGGCGGCUCCGGAGGGGCUUGAAGGGGCUGCUGUGGCUGUUCUCCUUGGCGUCCGUCUCCUCCUACAACAUCGACCUGGAGCGCCCCGUGAUCUUCCAGGGACCCAACAACUCUUUCUUCGGCUACUCCGUGCUGGAGCAUUACUACGAUAGCACGAGAUGGAUCUUGGUUGGUGCCCCAAAGGCAGAUUCUAAAUACAGUGCUUCACUUAAGUCUCCGGGAGCUGUUUUUAAAUGCAGAGUUCACACUAAUCCUGAUAGGAGGUGCACAGAAUUGGACAUGGGCCGAGCCAACAUUCCAGGAAUGCCUUGUGGGAAGACAUGUAAAGAAGACCGAGAUGAUGAAUGGAUGGGUGUCAGUCUAGCAAGACAGCCUACAGCUGGAGGAAGUAUACUAGCCUGUGCGCACCGUUGGAAGAACAUCUACUAUGAGACAGAGUACAUCCUUCCUCAUGGGUUUUGCAACAUCAUCCCACCCAAUCUGGGGCCCAAUGGCAGAAAGCUAUUGCCCUGCUAUGAAGAGUAUAAGAAGAAGUAUGGCGAAGAGCAUGGCUCAUGUCAGGCUGGCAUAGCAGGCUUCUUCACAGAGGAGCUGGUCAUCAUGGGCGCCCCUGGUUCUUACUACUGGACAGGAACAAUCAAAGUACUGAAUCUCACUGACAAUACGUAUUUCAAACUGAAUGAUGAAUCUGUGAUAGCUAAACGGUACACGUACCUUGGAUAUGCAGUGACAGCAGGUCAUUUCUCCCAGCCGAUGACCACUGAUGUCGUAGGAGGAGCUCCUCAGGAUGGAGGUGUCGGAAAGAUAUAUAUUUUUCGCACAGAUAAGAGGUUUGGGUCUUUAAUAAAGAUCUUCCAGGCUUCUGGUAAAAAGAUGGGCUCUUACUUUGGCUCCUCCUUAUGUGCAGUUGAUUUGAAUUCGGAUGGACUUUCGGACCUCCUGGUUGGAGCGCCCAUGUUUUCAGAGAUCCGGGACGAGGGCCAAGUCACUGUCUACCUCAGCAGAGGAAAUAGAAUACCAGGAAAACAGUUAAGCCCAAGACUGCAGAUGUUUGGCCAGUCGAUUUCAGGAGGUGUUGAUAUGGAUGGGAAUGGUUACCCAGAUGUGACAAUUGGAGCCUUUAUGUCAAACAAUGUGAUUCUUCUAAGGUCCAGGCCUGUCAUCACUAUGGAUAUCACCAUUUUCCUGCCUGCAUCUAUUGACAUCACAGCUCCGCAGUGUCAUGAUGGCUUGCAGCAAGUGAACUGCCUAAAUGUUACAGCCUGCUUUAGUUUCAGAGGAAAACAUGUCCCUGGGCUGAUAGGAUUGAACUAUAACUUGACAGCAGAUGUGACCAAGAAGGAAAGGGGCAAUCCAAUCAGGGUUUAUUUUGUCUCUUCUGGAGAAGCAAUGGGCCAAAUCUCAGAGCAGCUGGAGCUGUCCUAUAUGCAAGAGAAAUGCAAGCACUACCUAGCCUAUGUGAAGAGAAGAGUCAAAGAUGUGAUCUCACCAAUUGUAUUUGAAGCUGUGUAUAGCCUUGGAGAACAUACCGUGUCAAAACAGGAGAAAGAAUUACCUGCGCUGAGGCCUGUACUUCGAUGGAAAAGAGGACAGAAGAUGGCUCAGAGAAAUCAGACUGUGUUUGAGAGGAACUGUCAAUCAGAUGACUGUGCCGCUGACCUGAAACUUCAGGGGAAACUCUUCUUGUCCAGUGUUGAUGGCAGGGCUCCCUAUCUGGCUUUGGGAGCAGUGAAGAACAUUUCUCUGAACAUCUCCAUCUCUAACAUUGGGGACGAUGCUUAUGAUACCAACAUAGCUUUCAACUUCUCCAGGGAGCUCUUCUUCAUCAAAAUGUGGCAAAAGGAAGAGAUGGGCAUUGCAUGUGAAUUACUAGAGCCAGACUCGGACUUCCUUAAGUGCAGUGUGGGCUUUCCCUUUAUGAGAUCAAAGUCCAAGUAUGAUUUCAGUGUUAUCUUUGACACCAGCCAUUUGUCCGGGGAAGAGGAGAGUCUCUCAUUCCUUGUCACGGCUCAAAGUGGGAACUUAGAACACAACUUCCAUGACAACUCUCUCACCCUCUCUGUUCCUCUGAUGCAUGAAGUGGACUCCUCCAUCACAGGUGUCGUAUCCCCCAGUUCUUUCAUUUAUGGUGAGUCUGUGGCAGCUUCUCAGUUUAUUCAGCUGGAAGAUUUUGAAUGUCAUUUUCAGGACCUCAACUUCACUCUUCAGGUGUAUAAUGCUGGCCCAAGCACACUCCCUGGAUCUUUUGUCGACAUUUCAUUUCCAAACCGUCUCUCGGCUACUGGAGCUGAAAUGUUUCAUAUUCGGCAGAUGAUGGUUGCACAGGACAAAGGAAACUGUUCUUUUCAGAGAAACCCAACCCCAUGUGUCAUUCCUCAAGAAAAGGAGAAUAUUUUUCAUACAAUAUUUGCUUUUUUUACCAAGUCCGGUAGAAGAGUCCUGGAUUGUGACAGACCAGGCAGACCUUGUUUAAUUAUACAUUGCAACUUAAGCUCACUAGCAAAAGCAGAAUCCCGCAACAUAGAUAUCCAGAUGCUAUUGAACACUGAAAUAUUAAAAAAGGACAGUUCAUCUGUCAUUCAGUUUAUAACAAGAGCAAAGGUGAGGGUGGACACAACCAUCCGGGCAGUAGAAGUAUCUAACGGGAAUUCAGAAGAUGCAACGGUGGUCUUUGAGGCCUUGCAUAAUCUGGAGCCUCGCGGUUAUGUGGUCGGCUGGAUCAUUGCUAUCAGUUUACUUGUGGGAAUUCUCAUCUUCCUGCUGCUGGCGGUGCUGCUAUGGAAGAUGGGCUUCUUUCGGAGAAAAUAUAAAGAAAUCAUUGAGGCCGAGAAGAACAGACAAGAGAAUGAAGAUAGCUGGGACUGGGUCCAGAAAAGUCAAUGAACUGUUGCAAGAGAGAAAACACUGAAAGCCCGGUCAUGUGAUUCAUCAUUACUCCCCUAUUGGUCCUGCUCUUGUAUCUUCCAUAUGUGGAAGAAGGAAUCUUCUCCAGAUUUUUCGGAGACCUUGUUGAUGCUGUUGUUCUUCAUCAUCAUCUAAAGUUAGGGAACAUACCCCGAAGCAACCACUGCAGGCACGUCAGGUGACUGGAGCAAUGUCGACUUCCUGGAAGAGAUGAACUUUGAGCUGCAGCGCAGAGCAAUAUUUAUGAAUCCAACAUAUGUGGUAUACCCUCAGGGGAAGACUGUUGCCUAAAACAAAGUAUUUUUUAUAAAUAUAAGCUUUUUAUACUGAUUAUGUCCUGUUAUAUAUUUGUACCAAUGUUUUAUGUUUUCUAUUGAAUAUCUAUCUAUAUAUAUAGUUCACUAAGGCUGCAAUCCUGUGCAAACUUAUAUAGUAGCAAGUCCCAUUGGGUACAGUGAGACUUACUUCUCAGUUAAGAUUCAUAGGAUUGUGCUGUAAAGCACUGAUAUCCAGCUGAAAUUCUGGACUUGCAUAUGUGUAUAUAUCAAUCAUACUGUACUUUUGAAUUUCAGUGCAGAAGAAAAAACAGAUGAAACUCAAUGAAAAUCUAUACUGUAGUAAAUCC